AAAAGUUUCGAAAAUGCAUGCUUGCUUUAAACAGUUUUUAACAGCGGAAAGCACAAAUCUGCUUAAACAGCUGAGACAAUUGGAGGAACAUAAAGGACAUUUUUUCAACCUUUUUGGUUAUCCACUUGUUAACUUUUGACAUAUUCGCAAGUGGUUGUUUCACAUGGACAUUUGGAAUUUGGAACUGCAGAAUAAAGGCCCUCAAACUGAUAAAAGCAUCAUAACUCUCUUUAAUGAAAUUAGAUAUGCUUGAAGUGACAUGAUGAUGGCGAGUCCAUGCCAUAAGUGAUAAGCUGAUAUGUUUGUUUCCUAGAUGGGUGUCAAUCUUUACGGGAAAUUCUUUGCCAAAUGGAAGAAAUUAUAUGGAAAUUUCUUCAAUUUCACUCACAUGUCUGUAUCAGAUAACAUCAUACGUCUGUGCAAGGAAUUAAUUAUUAGUGGAAAUGAAAUGGGAAAGACAACGAGAUAGGCAAGAAAGCUAGCGUUCUCUGCCAUCUCUGAAAACUGAUAGUAAUAAAGCCAAACCAUCCCUCUCUUUAAAACAUUCAUAUGCAUCAUGCUUGUAUCUUUUUUAUCAGAUUCAAAUUUUAAAUGAAUAAAUAGUAAGAGAACAAGGUUACCGACAGUGCUGUACAGAAGGGAAACAAACUUCAAGAGACCCCAAGCAGCUUUUUCCUGCACUUUUUCCCCAUCCUUCGCCUUUCUUAAGCUAUUCAAAGGUUUGUAGCAGAAGUUGCUGGUAGGGAUGGCAACGGCCUACCCUUUAAUAUUUACAUUUGCCUUCCAUCCAAUCCCCAAUUUAGUAAAAAAAAAAUCUGAUUCAUCUCAAUCAGAUUUUUUAUUUUAAAAAAUAAUAAUCUGACCCUGCCUCAGAACCCUCUGUUGUUUUACUAUUCUUAGUUGCUGGCUUCACCAUGGUGGAAUUGCGCCAUUAAUUGUGGUACUGUUACUGUACACCUGAUAUGGACCGUAUUUUAACAAGAUACCCUCCCCACUUUUAUGAAAAUAGGUAAUAUAAACGACGAAUUUAUGUGAUUAGAUUGGCAGUAACAAAUAUCAACCACAAUACCUUGUAGAUAAAAGAGGAUAAGUGUACAGAUUGGCAGUCAUCGACUUUGUGGGUUUCCACUUUCCAGCAUUUACAAAGGGGCAUGAAGUUCUGGCUAUGAAAGAUAGGAUGGUGUCAUUCCAGGGUCAGGUGGGCAGAUCUGUAGAUGUGGAUGGGGAUAUUGCUGGUUUUAUUCAAAAGGUUAACUCUAAUGGGGGAAUUUAAUAGCAGGAAACUACUCAGGCAGCUCCUGCAAGUGGGAUUUGAUCCUAUCCAUCCACACAGGUUGACUCUCAAAGGAGUCCCUGGCUUGAAGCCAAAUUUGGGUUUAUUCCCUUCUCUUUUAACAGAUAAACUUUGGAAAGGUGUGGGGGGUAAAAAGAAAGCUCCGGAGGGAAAGGGGAAGACGCAUCCUUGAGAACAAAGGAAAGUGAAGGGGCAUGUUAGGAAAUUAAUAGGCAAUGGACCUGGACCUCGACUAUAAUUGUUGUGUGAAACGAAAAGCAUCUAUCUCAUUGAAAUUUAUCAUCAGUGAUCACACCACAAGCUAAAGGCCAAAGCCUACAAAAAUAAGGUACCUCGAACAGCUGGAAACCCCAGCACCAGCAACAACAACACAUCAGAAAACAGCAUCAUCCUAUUUUAUCCUCCUGCAUUUUUCAGCGCAACCUUCUCUCUCUAAGAAAAGAAAAACAGUUUUUCCAUUCUUUGUCUACAUGGGAAAAACAAACCAAAAUAUACAAAGAAAAGAAGAAAAAUGGAAAGUCCACGCAACCUCUUCAAUAUCAAAGAGACACACACCACCCAACUCUCUCUAUCUUCAAUGGCCCAGCUGGACCAAAAUUUAUGUAGAAGAAAAACAAAAAAGAAAGGAAAGAUAGAGAGAGAACGGAAAGAGGUAGAAGAUGUCUUCAAAUGUCCUCUAACCAAACCCACCUCACGAAAAACUCUCUUUCACAAAGCCAAUUAAAAACAUGUUUACCGGAAAUACCCUUCUGCAACCCCCCAAAAAAUAUCAUCUUCAUCGCUGUCUCAACUCUCAAAAGAAACAUUUUUUUCACCGAGUUAUGUGGGCUUCUUUGGGUUUUCUUUGUCUCGGUCAGAGUUUUUCACAGAGUGAACAGGAAAGCGAGAACCUUCCUGUCUCUCUCUCUCUCUCUCUCUCUCUCUAUUUUCUUGUUUAUCUUCCUCUUAUAUCUUUGUCUACGCUUAUUCUUUCCUUUUAUUAUUUCUUGCCCACGCCUCUUUCUUCUUUCUCAUCUAAUGUUCUUUCUUCCCUUUGUUUCUUUCUCUUCCUCCAUAUUUCCAUAUUUUGGCUUCUUGGGUUCUUCUCUUAAUCUCUCACCUGUGAUCUGAAACAUGAAGAAGAUGAAAGGGGUUGCGGCUGCUGCUGCAACUGUCAUGGAGUACUCUCCAUAUGCUGUGUAUGAGGACCAAAGGACGAGGUUCAAGCACCAGAGCCUUAUGCAAGACUUUGAAGACUUGCACAAAGAAACAGAGGCCAUGAGAAAGAAAUUGCAGAAGAUGAAAGAGCAAAGAUUGACCCUGUUGGCUGAAGUCCAGUUUUUGAAACGGAGGCACAAGUUCUUGUUGCAAAACCAAUCUUCAAACACCCCAGCAGAGGGAAACCUUGUUCCAUCACCGAAUAUGAUGAUUAGAAGUAAAUCAAAGAUGAAGGAUAAGAAAACAACUGGAAAGAAACAUACUUUGCGAUGCCUUGAUUUGAACCAAAAGGGAAAGAUUUACAGUGAAAACGAAACCACUUUCACUCAUCCUUCUCUGAUGUUUGACUUAAACGAGAAGCAGCAGAAAAAUUUCAGUGGAAAGGAGGAAGUUACUUUGCGAAGUUCUUUGCCGAUUCUUGAUUUAAUUCAGAAGGAAAGGCUUUACCGGGGAAAGGAGGCCACUGCCCGAAGCAUGACACCAAUUUUUGAUUUAAACCAGAUUUCGAGAGAGGAGGAAGAACUACAGGCUAAUGAUAAUCCAGUCGGGAUAGAGGAAUUCAAGAAAGGUUCAAUCAGAAUUGGAAGUGAUGAGCAGCACAAUGAUAUUAAAAUAUUAGCCUAUAGGAAUUCUAGAAAUGGCCCAAACAGAGUUGGGAAAAGAAGGAUCUCAUGGCAAGAUCAGGUGGCAUUGAGGGUUUAAGUCUCUUACUUGCGAUAGAAGUGCUCAAUUUGGAGGGGUUGGGAACUGUGAGUUUAGUUUGCCUCCCUCCACCUGUUUUAAUUGCUUUAUGUUCUUUCUUUUUUUUUUUUUUUUCCACUUUGUAAAAAAGAAAUAUAGUUGCAUCUAUGAAAUUUAUAUAGAUAAAUAUCAAAAUUGGUGGUUGGAAUCAGGUAUAUUCUCACCGAAAUGUUGUUUACUUGUAUCAUGACUCAUCAAUGCUGCUCUUGUUUGGUCGGAGUAAUCGAGAAGCAACUUGGUGCUUGCAGUUAUUUGUGGUGUGAAUGAUUGUUGGAAGAUUCAAAAUUUUGUUCCUUAGCCUAGCACAUCCUAGUUCAUAUUUGCUAAGAAAUGGAAGGUGCCGGCAGCUUCAUCUUCUUACAUGAAAUGGCUAUUUUGAGUAAGAUGAAGGUUGUCGUCACUUUCGAUCAGAAUGCAAACGCAAAUCCACAAUAUCCAAGGUUGUGGGUCCUCACCAAGCUCCUGAAGCAAAUGCAAACACAAAUUGAUGCCAAAGUGGAAGGUGAAAUUAGUUCAAAUAUUACAAAAGAUAGGAGCUUGGAUGUUAGGUAAAGCCUCGAUUCAAGCACUCUCCAGGAUCAGAUAGCGAUUCUGCAAUAGAAACCUUGGACGGGGAUGUUACAUUCUAACUUUUCUUAAGGUAAUUAAAGGCUGCCAUAGAAUCUUACUGUCAUCAGUUUCUCUAUCAAUAGGAAAAUGAAAUUUGGUUUCUGGUUGUUAGGGAAUAGUAAGAUUCGAGUAUUCUGCUAUACUCUCUUUGCCUGUAAAUUCAAGGACGUUCUAACUGUCGGUAGUUAUGGAGAAAUUUCGUAGUUGCACUUAUCACUCAAAUGUUUUGGAGACUUGUCUGUCGCAAACCAGCUGGAAAGCAUUGGUCCUCUAUGUGCGUCUUGUCUGCAGUUCCAAAGGUGCAGCAACGUCAAAUUAAUGGCUUUUUACUCUAAAUCCUUGGUAUCUAAGCAAUUAAUCAAUCUUGGGCGCACCUCAUUAAAUUUUGGAUUUCAGCUAAAAUACCAACUUCUAAUUAAAUGUCUCAGUACAAAAGAUGCAGAGAAAGAGAGAGAAGAGCAAUUUUCAUAGCUUCCAACACGUAUCUGCAGAGUAGAUUUUGUCUGCGGAUACGGUUUACAAUCAAUUUACAACACAUAGGCCGUAACUAUCUGCCUCUGGAACAUCCAUUAGCUUCUCAUUUGCUUCGUCGGCCACCACAUCCGUGACUUCCGGCAUCUGAGUACCAUCAGUUCUUGCCUGCUCAGUGACUGUAUUGGUAGUGGAUCAUUAUUUUCGUCAAGUUCCAGGAGUCGGGCAAUGUGCAUGUUCCCCUUUUUUUAUGAGUUUCCUUUACCAUCUCAUAAUACGCACCAACCGAACACAUUUGACACCAGAACUCAAAUAUAGUGGCACAAAUCAAUUGUUAGAGAUUGAUGUCAUGAGUCAUGCAAGUCUUUUUUAUUUUCUUUGUCAUCGCUGACGCUUGUAUACUCAUUUAUUUGCGGAAGGUUGCACACUUUAUAUGAUAUU